GCCAUGUAUCUAUCUUCACUUGAAAGCAAACUUUCGUGUGCCGACAAAGCCUUGAUGCUGCAGAGGAGAGGCAGCGUUUGCUCGUGAGAGUGUGAGACGGUGGUGGUGGGGCUCCGAGGGAGGACAGAAUCCAAUCCAAGGCGCAAGCAGGCGAGAAGGGUCAAAGAAGUGAAAGCAAAAGCAGCAAACAAUUGGGGUGGUGAGUGGUGACAUGGAGGAUGCAAAAGAAGAUGCUGCCAUGGUGCCAUGGCCAGGCCUGGCCCUGGCCCCCAGCUGCCUCACGCGCCAUAUUCCCUUGCCUUGCCCGCCGAUUCGACCCCGGGCGUAUCCAUCCAUCCAUACAUAUGCCGCUGCCCGCUGCAGGUGGAGACGGAAUAUCUCCGAGCGGUGCUCUGGUGGAGUCACACGAAAGGAACCGACCGGCCGCCUAUCUAUAAGAGCCCCCGCGCAGCUCGCAGUGGCAUCUGGCAUUCGAUCGAUCACCUUGCUGCUGCUGCUGCUGCUGUCGCUGGUUGGCCAGGAGCACACCAGCUGCUUGCUGUGUCGCCGUCGUAGAAGCAGCCGCGCGCUGUCGUCGUCGUCUCGUCCGCGACGCGACCACUCCGGCGGCUGCUGCUGCCUCUCAUGCUGGCCACGCCACCGACGCUUUUGUGAUACCAUACGAAGCGCCGCGGCGGGCACGUUGGAGAUGUCGUCGCUGGGUGGGCAACAGCAGCACGGGCGCGGCGACGAGGCCAGGGCGCGGCUCAGGUGGACGCGCCAGCUGCACGGCCGCUUCGUGCUCGCCGUGGCCCAGCUCGGCGGCGCGGACAGUGAGUUCCUCUCAUCUAAGUCGUCCGCCCACGAACUCGCAGCCAGAGCCUGUCCAGUCCUUUCUUUGACCGCUUGCUUGAAUGCUACUACUACCGACGUCGGCUUUCGUUACCAAAACAUUGCAGAGGCGACGCCCAAGUCCGUGAUGAGGGCGAUGGCCGUGUCGGGGCUCACGCUGUACCACCUCAAGAGCCACCUCCAGAGGUACCGGCUGGCGGUGAGCCAAGGCACCGCGUCCCCGGUGGGCGAGGGCGACAACGGAGGUGGCGCCAACGAGCGGUCGUCCUCCUCGGAGAGCCAGCUGGACGAGUACGACGACGGUUCCGUGGCCGACCUGCAUGGUGAUUCUUCCGGGAGCAUGGCGGCGCGGGUGCAGAGAGAGGCGAAAAGGAAGCGGCAUGAGCAGAUGCAGAUCGAGGUGCAGCGGCACCUCCAGCUGAGGAUCGAGGCGCAGGGGAGGUACAUGCAGUCCGUGCUGCGCCGGGCGCAGGAGGCCCUCGCCGACCACAUACUGGGCUCGCCGGCCACCGGCGCGGAGGCAGAGCUCUCGGAGCUGGCCUCCGCGGUGGAGACCGGGACCGGGUGCCUGUCCUCCACUUCCUGCUGCUCCACCUCGCCUUCCCCGAUGCGCCACCGCUCCGCCGACAGCUGCGUGACGUCCUCCUCCUCCUCCUCCUCCUCGGAGGCCGAGAGCCAGGCCCCCGCCGGCGCCAACACGUGCGCUGGUACGCGCGACUGCUCCGUCGAGCGGCCGGUGCAGGGCGAGGAGAGUACAUUCCUGCAGAGGCACGAGGACGAGGACGAGGCAGAGGAAGCCGACGUUGGAGCUGCAGCUGCAGCUGAGGACGAGGACGGCACUUCGUCAGAGAUUGAUCUCAACAGGUAGGCGACGAAGAUCCUGAUCAGAAGCAUCUGUGCUGCAUGUGCCCAGCAUCGGAUGAUUGGCGGGGUGGCCUUCAAGGUUGGGACUUGCUUGGGAGGGGGCAGGCUUUUGAGCAACGUCUGCUGCUGAAACAGCUGGCUACAUACACUGCAAGUCUGCAGCGACCACACUGCUCUUCAUUCCAUAAUAUAUGAUAUACAUAAUAUUCCAAUUUAUGCAAAUGGUUCUUCUGCUUCAUGUAUGUACCCCUGUGAAAAAUCAUGGCUUGAACUAGAGGCAGGCCCAGCUGCAGAUGAUGCAUGCCGUAUGCUUGAGGUGCAAUGCAAUGCAAGGAUGUAUGCAUAGUACAGAACUGUAGUAGCAGAGGCGGAUCUACGACCGGGGCUGCCUGGGCUGCAGCCCCGGUCGCGGCCCAAUACAAGCAAAUAGGCCCAGUACAAGUCGCGUCUCCGCCUCCAGCUUCCAGCCGCCAGCCGCGUACCUGUGUCAGCGCGUCGUGUAAUCGCAUCCAGCCGCCAGCCCGCCAGCGGAGCAGCUCAGCAACGCCGAGGAGAUGAGCAGGAAGCGCCCAAGCUGAACAGCACGGAGACAAGCGGAGCAGCGCUGCGUCCAGUGGCAGAUCUGGAUUUCGCUUCGUCCUGGUCUCCAGGAAGCCAAGCACCGGCCACCAGUUAAACCCGCUAUGGUUCGCACUUCGCAGCCCAGGGUUUUGGAUCUGGCCGACCGACAGACUCAAGAUGUUCCUGUUCGCUCUAUAAAGGUAGGAAUAUAUUAUAUUUCACUCGAGAUCAGUCACUGUAAUAAUACAAUUCACUAGCUAAAAAUAUGUUUGUAGAUAUUUAAGAUGAAAAUAUUUUGAAGCAUUUUUAAGGCUUAAGAACUCGGAAAAUAAAUUUAUCUCGCAACAUCAACUCAUGAAUAGUAUGUAUUGAUUAUUGUAUUUCUAAAAUUCGUAUCGACUUAUUUUUAGGCUAUAUAUUUCUUAAAUAUUUAAAUUAUAUCUUGUUUCUGGUGUCAUAUUAAAUAUUAAUUAUAUUUUUUUGUUUGAUUUAAAAAAUUUUAUAGCCUUAGCUUAUUAGCCCCCGUCUUGGAUCAAUCCUGGAUCCGCCACUGUGUAGUAGCUAUUGUUAGUGAGAUUAUAUGCCAUCAGCGAGGCAAUGCCGUGAGAACUGGAAAAAAGGUUUAGAAUGUAACUUAAGAUCAUUAUAAUUACAAACCUGGUAUGGGCACUGAGCAGCAAGUUCUGUUACAGCAUUUCGGGGAUAAACCAGGGUUAAACUUCCCCGGCGAAAUCCGGUAAAAUUUUCGUUAUCUCAGUACGGGAAAAAAAUCAGGAAAACUCGGUAAAAUUCGUUGGUAAUUUUAAAAAAUGAAAAAACAGUGGAAAAUAUGAUAAAAACUACGUUUUUCCGAGCAUUCUGAAGUUGGCGUCGUUAAAAAUUUAAACAUAUUUCAUAGGUAAAAAAAUUAAAAACACUUGACCCGUUAAGAAACCGCGCAUUCCGAGUGGAUUUCGCCGCAUCCCGAACGCCUGAGGUGAGAUUUGUUACUGAUUUGAUGUUUUUUUUUGUUGAUUUCGCAAGCGGAUGUAAUGUGUAGAGAAUUUAUAGCGUCUAUUCAUGUACUGAUGAAUUUCUUUUAACUGUUCCUGCAUAUGGUUUAGGGUUUGUGUUAGUGCAUAGAUGUGUCAUUUGCAUAAUUAUUCAUCAGCACGCCAGCCACGAUAAGACAGCGCGGACAACCAAUCAAGCGGUUAGUUUCAAAACCCCAUCCCGGUUGAAAAAUACAAAAUUUGGUGAAAUUCGCCAAAAAAUCCUGUUUUCGAUGACCUCCAAAAAAAAGGAAAGGUUAACCCUGGGAUAAACCAAGCUAUCACAUCGGGAGCAACAGCCAAAAGAAAAAGAAAAAAGGCAUCAGUGCAGUUUUUCUUAUAGUGAAAAAAAGGUGUGAAAAUUUGGCAUGAUAUGCAUACGCGAUGAAGACUAAAAAUUGAAAUGGUACGCAAGGAAUAUUUGUGUUGAAAAAUGGCAACUGGGAGAUUUGAUGGUAUUUCAUUUACCUAACAACAAAAGAAAACCGACAAACCAAAGAAUCUUGCACAGCUAGCAAGACAAAUGACAGAACCCUAAUCCAUGCAUGGUUUUUUCUCUACAACUCCGCAUCCUAAAUUUUUCAGAGAAUAUUUCUGUCUUGUUGCAACUUCACCUGCCCGCAUUCUCUAGCCAAAUAAUCCUACAAGAUCGGACACUGGAUUCCAGAACCAUCUAUAGCAUUCAAUGCACAUUGUUCAUAUUUGCGUGCCGCUGAUGGGAAAAGGAAUGAGAAUAUGAACGGAUCAUGUAGAGACGGCCUAGGCUGGAUUCCCUGGCUAGUUGCUAUGGAUGGUUGUGCCUAUCCUCAGUGACCAAAUAUCCACAACUAAUUAAAGAAAUCUGACCACACAAAAUAAUCGCAGCCCACUAUCUUGAUCGGCUCGGCUCAUCUUGUUUCAAAAAAUUUCAACAGCUGAGACCUGAGAGUUUCAACUCAUUUUUAUUGUCAAUACCUAAAGUACAUCUUUGAUUUUUUAGCAAGACGACAAAGAUAAAAAAAUAUUGCCAUGUAAAAAAUUAUCUCCGUUCCAAAUUAUAAUUCAUUUGACUUUUUCCUGUCACGUUUGGCCGGCUCGUUCUAUUCGAUUUUUUUGCGAAAAAAUGAAAAAUUCGAAGCCACAUUUAAAGUAUAUUAUAUGCUAAACAAUAUCACUGCAAAAAAUAUAAAUAAUUAUGAAAUUUUUGAAUAAGACGAGCCAGUCAAACUUAAGGUAAAAAGGUUAAACGAAUUAUAAAUUGGAACAGAGUGUUGAGCAUAUUUUAUAUCAUCCUGAUGACUAGGGGUGGAUAGCGAGCCAGCUCGGCUCGGCUCGUUAAGGUAACGAGCCACAGAGUCAGCUUGGCUCGGCUCGUUUACGAGCUCGAGCUGGCUCGUUUAGCUCGCGAGCCAGAGCAGAAAAAAAUAAAAUAUACAUAAUAAUUAUUUUUAGUUAAUUUUAAACUAAUUUAACAAUAGAAAAUAGUAAUUAUACUCAGUUUCACAAACCACGUCAAAACAACGCCAAAUUAGCAUAAUUCAUCACUCGUUAAUCCACAAUUCGCAUACAUGUUAAUCAGUUUAAUCCAUAAUUAUAUUUGCAUAGACCAAAUUAACACAUAGACAUAGUUCAUUAAUCAUUAGUUUAAUUCAUAAACCAUAGACACCUCACAUAUAUAUAACAUGUUAAUCAAUUAUUCUGUAAAUGAUCUAUAUAGUUUCGUUUUGCUGGAAUAUGGUAGCUCGUUUAGCUCGCGAGCUGGCUCGUUAACGAACCUAGCUAGGAUGUUAGCUCAGCUCGUGAAAAAAUUCAAACGAGUCGAUCCGAGCCGAGCCGAGCUGGCCAUGAACCGAGCGAGCCAGCGAGCCACGAGCAUUUCGUCCAGCCCUACUGAUGACCAAGGAGGACUUUGUCCGCCAUUCCAUUCCAUGUCAGUCUACGGCACCAGAGGCAAGCGCGGGAACGCCAACAAAAUCAUUGUUACGAACACAAGGUUAAUUUGACCUUUGUGGUUCGGGUUGAUGAUAAGUAAUUGUUAACAUGAGUAUUGCUUUGAUGUAAGUCAUGGACUAACCAUAGUACGAGAUUAUGUGUAUAUGUAUCCAUGUCUCUCGGCUUGUGGUGUGCAGUAUAGAAACGGUGGUCGACGUCGAAUGCGAAGAUCAUGUGAGUUCGUGCCGAUGGGCCAGGAGCGUCGAAGGACGAGCACUGGGUCUUGAUCGAGGAAUUGAAGAAGCUAGAAGACUAACCGUGGUGACUGACACUUGGGACACGCACCAGCCCAAGGACCACUACGUAAAAAAGGCUCAAACUCAAAGGGGACGUGGCCAUCUGUGACACUGGUUAAAAACACGUCACUAUUUUUUCGCAGUGACAUCUUUUUUAAAAAUGGGUCACUAAUAACUAUGUUCAUGUGACAUCUAUUACAAAAAUGUGUCCCUAUCAAAAUAUGGUAAUAACUUAGUGACAUAUUUUAUUU